AUGACUAUGAAGGAGUACAUCAAGUAUGUUGAAUGGCAUAAAGACCAGCUCAACUAUGAUAAGCAGAUGGUUGAGGUGCCGGGGACGAAGAGGCCAGGGCAGACAGGCCACUACCGGACAGCUCAAUAUCCCUUGAUCACCCUCCAGACACCCAACAUGUUCACCACUCUGGAUGAGAUGUUCGAGGAGGGUCUAAGAGUUUCGGCGAACAGCCCUUGCCUUGGCCAUCGUCCCCUCGUCUCCGCUAAGCCUCUUCAGUAUGCCGAUCACUAUGUGUGGCAGUCAUAUGCCACCGUGGAUGCUCGUAAACGUGCGCUUGGUAGUGGUCUCCAUAAGUUGUUCCGAGAUGGUGUUCUCGGGGGCGGAGAGUACGAAACGGUUGGGAUUUGGAGUCGUAAUACUCCUGAGUGGCAGAUAGUUGAUUUUUGUGCGCAUGCAUAUCAGAAAGUCAGCGUUGGGCUCUACGAUACGCUCGGGAAAGAUGCACUUGAAUAUAUUAUUAAUCAUGCGGAGAUUUCCGUCGUUUUUGUGACUCUGGAUCAUAUCCCCUUCUUGCUGCAGCUUGGGCCAAAGGUGCCGACGUUGAGGAUGAUCGUAGUCAUGGAUAGUAUCUCGCCCGAAAGCAGGAAGAUACUUGGUGCUUGGGGUCAAGAAAGGAACAUUAUCGUAAGGGAUAUUCUCGAAGUGGAGGAGCUCGGUGCCCAAAAUCCAAUGGAUCCAGUUCGUGCAACCCCAGACCAGCUUGCAACUAUUUGCUAUACCUCUGGCACAACGGGGAACCCCAAAGGUGUCAUGUUGACCCACGGAAAUCUUGCCAUUGCCGCGCAGGGCCAUCUAUGCUCACAGGAGUCGGGGAAAUAUGCCAAGGGCAGACGUGCCAUUUCAUAUCUGCCACUGGCACAUAUUUUCGAGCGAACAAUGUCCCUGGUCAUAGUCGCAAUGGGUGGGGCCAUCGGUUUCUCCACAGGAGACCCUUUGCGAUUAUUGGAAGACGUUCAAGUACUAAAGCCUCAUUUCAUGUCCGCAGUGCCCAGAGUAUUGAACAGGAUAUACCAAGCCGCUAUGAUUGCAUCAACAGCGCCUGGGCUGAAGGGUGCACUAUUCAACCGAGCAGUGAGUGCGAAGUUGGAGAGACUGCAUACGACUGGAGAGCGUAAACACGCCAUCUGGGACCGUCUUGUCUUCAGCAAGGUCGCAGCCGCGCUUGGUGGUCACGUAGAUCUCCUUGCUGUGGGAUCUGCGCCCAUUAGUCCAGCCGUCAUGGACUUCAUUAGAAUUGCGCUACUUUGCGACGUGCUCGAAGGUUAUGGGAUGACCGAGAAUUGUGGCACUUGUACUCACGUCUGGUAUGCGGAUCCUUCAUCGUCUGGGACAGUUGGCCCGGUGACUCCAAACACCGAAAUCAAACUCGUUGAUGUUCCCUCGAUGGGUUACACGGCGGAGGACAAGCCUUUCCCUCGAGGAGAGAUCGUCAUGCGCGGUGACCACUGUUUCAAGCGUUAUUACAAGGACGAGAAGAAUACGAGAGCAACGAUUGACGAGGAAGGUUGGGUGCACACAGGCGACGUCGGCCUUUUCGACGAGCAUCUACGCGUCAAGAUCAUUGACCGUGUCAAGAAUAUAAUGAAGCUCGCUCAGGGCGAAUACGUCGCGCUCGAGAACAUCGAGAAUGUCUACAGCUCAUGUCCACUGGUUGCCCAAUUGUUCGUCCAUGGCGACUCCCUCCAGUCGUAUCUGGUGGCCGUAGUCGUUCCUGAUCCUGCCCAGCUCUCGUUCCUCGUGUCCCGAUUGCUGGGUCGGCGCAUAGAUCCCGAGGACAUCUCAGCCCUAGCAACGGCAGUGGACGAUCCUCGUGUGCAAUCUGCCAUCCUGUCAGAAAUGACGGAAGAGGCUAGGACCAACAAGCUCAAAGGGUUCGAGAUGAUCAAGCGGAUACAUGCGACCCUCGACGCGUUCACGGUGGACAACGGGUGUCUCACGCCGACGCUGAAGGUCCGCCGCCCUCAGACGUACGAGAAGUUCAAGGACGUGUUGGACGCGCUCUACGAGCUUCCCGAGCUGUCGUCGUCGAAGCUUUAG